AUGCCGUCGUCUUUCUCACCCGCCCUCAACGGCGCCUCGUCGUCUCGCCACCGUCAGAUCGCGCCGCCGCCCAAAGUCGACCGGCCACUCUCCCUCGAGGCCGUCGCCGAUUGGCUCGUUCUCUCCAAUGGGGCGCGCUUCGGCCUCGAUAUCGGAGGCACGCUCUGCAAGCUGGUCUGCUACGAGCCGCACGAGACGUGGCACAUGGACGACUUCCUCGCGCUCGUGCAGCGGCGCAGCCAAGGCUUGCUCGCCGCGCACCCCGUUGGCGCCACGGGUGGCGGCGCGCGCAAGUUCAGAGGGCAGUUUGAAGGGAUAGCGGGCGUGCAGCUGGAACGAGCAGAUGAGCUGCAAUGUCUGGUGCGCGGAAUCGACUUCCUUGUGCGCGUGGCGCCUGGCGACUGCUACGGAUUUGCCCACGUGGACGCCCUGCCACGUGGCGCCAUCCAGAGGCCUGGCGGCGAUUCAGGUUUGAGCGCGUCGGAGGCUCUUCUCUCGGCGGCAGGUCUGCUCCCCUGCCCUCCCAUCCCUGCACCCUCCCAUCCCUGCCCUCCCAUCCCUGCACCCUCCCAUCCCUGCCCUCCCAUCCCUGCACCCUCCCAUCCCUGCCCUCCCAUCCCUGCACCCUCCCAUCCCUGCCCUCCCAUCCCUGCACCCUCCCAUCCCUGCCCUCCCAUCCCUGCACCCUCCCAUCCCUGCCCUCCCAUCCCUGCACCCUCCCAUCCCUGCCCUCCCAUCCCUGCACCCUCCCAUCCCUGCCCUCCCAUCCCUGCACCCUCCCAUCCCUGCCCUCCCAUCCCUGCACCCUCCCAUCCCUGCCCUCCCAUCCCUGCACCCUCCCAUCCCUGCACCCUCCCAUCCCUGCACCCUCCCAUCCCUGCACCCUCCCGUCUCUGCACCCUCCCAUCUCUGCACCCUCCCAUCCCUGCACUCUCCCAUCCCUGCACUCUCCCAUCCCUGCACUCUCCCAUCCCUGCACUCUCCCAUCCCUGCACUCUCCCAUCCCUGCCCUCCCUCCCGUGCCUCACCUUUCUGGGCCUUGCAGUUGCACUCACAGGCUGCACCAGCUUCAAGGAGGCCAUGAGGCUGGCAUCGAGGGGAGACAGCACGUGUGUGGACAUGCUAGUGGGAGACAUCUACGGAGGUGACUAUUUGGAGAUGGGCCUGGCUGCCACCACAGUAGCCAGCUCCCUUGGAAAGCUGGUGCGGCCUGCUGACAAGGCAUCGCCCAGUCGCCGCCCGGAGAAUCUAGCGAAGGCGGUGCUGCUGAUGGUGACGAACAACAUCGGGUCCAUUGCCAUGCUGCAUGCGCGCCCUGCAGGCGUGCGCCACGUGCUCUUCACAGGCAGCUUCAUGCACAACAACAAGCUGGCCAUGCGGUCGCUAGCGGUGGCCAUGCAGUUCUGGUCCAACGGAGCCAUGAAGACAUAA